CAAAACCCACCAAACAGUCUCUCUCUCUCUCGCACAUAUCCAAACUCACUUUAACGUUUACAAUAUGGGAUUCCUAGGCAAAGUUUGACACGCUCCUUCCCAUUGAAUCCCACGCGCCACCACUCCCAUUGCACCCCCCCCACCGUUUUUCCUCUCUCCCCGCUAUCUUCCCUUUCCUAUCUUUUCUGCUUCAUCUCUCUCGCUCUGUCUCUUUUGUGGUUUGUGUGAUCUGAGGGGUUUGGGAGCUUUAUGAGUCUGUGGCCGUCCAUGAUAUCAGAAUGGGUGGAGUCACGUCGUCGAUCGCGGCCAAGUUCGCCUUCUUCCCGCCGACCCCACCGUCGUACACUGUGAUGGUGGACGACACGCGCGCCGGCCGACUCUAUAUCCCCGAGGUUCCGAGGAGGGACAACGUCAACGUGGACGUGCUCAAGCUCCGCAACCGCAGAGGCAACGACAUCGUGGCCGUCCACGUCAAGCAUCACAAGGCCUCCGCCACUCUGCUCUACUCCCACGGAAAUGCCGCUGAUUUGGGUCAGAUGUUCGAGCUCUUCGUCGAGCUUAGCAUUCGGCUUCGUGUCAAUCUCAUGGGGUAUGAUUACUCUGGCUAUGGACAAUCAACUGGAAAGCCAUCUGAAUGUAAUACAUAUGCCGACAUUGAUGCAGCAUAUAAAUGCCUCAAAGAGCAGUAUGGUGUCAAAGAUGAACAAUUAAUAUUAUAUGGUCAGUCUGUUGGUAGUGGCCCCACUCUUGAUCUUGCUUCAAGAAUAUCGAACUUGAGAGGAGUGGUUUUACAUAGCCCAAUUUUGUCUGGGCUGAGAGUGUUAUACCCAGUCAAACGGACAUACUGGUUUGAUAUUUUUAAGAAUAUUGACAAAAUUGGUAUGGUGAACUCUCCUGUUCUUGUUAUACAUGGGACUGCUGAUGAAGUUGUGGAUUGGUCCCAUGGGAAGCAGCUUUGGGAGCUUUCAAAGGAAAAGUUCGAACCCUUGUGGUUAAGUGGAGGUGGACAUUGCAACCUUGAGCUUUACCCAGAAUUCAUUAAACAGCUAAAGAAAUUUGUACAUGCCAUUGGCAAAUCAAAAGCAGCCACAAAUGGUUCUAAUAAAACUACAGUAGAAUCUGAUAGUCAGAGCAAACCAUCGGAAACUGGACCGUCGGAUAAAUUUGAAUUGGGUCCGGACCUUCCAGAAGUUUCUAGAAACAGUUUAGAUAGCCGACUCGAGAAGUCUAGAAAGUCAAACAAGCCUGAGAAGUCUCGCAUGAGCACUGACCGCGUUGACAGGUUUAGGAGAAGAAAGGGCCUAGUCUGGUGAUUAAUUUACACGCACAGCAAUUAAAUAAGGUUAAUUAUCUGCUAAUAUCUACAUGAGAAGGUAAUCUAUUUUCACUCCUGAUUAUGUAAUGAUGUCAAUUCUAGAUGGAAUAUAUCAAGAUGAGUGUGAUCUUUAUAAAACUUUUUUUUUUUUUUUUAAUCUGUAUGUAUGCUCAAAAGAUUGAGAGGAAUCUUGCUUUUCUGUUUCUUUUCUUCUUUUGUAAAAUCAACAGCCUCAUUUGAACACACAAAUAAUGCAGUUUCAGCUAUUUUCUU